CUGCUCCGGAAGCGCUUGUGGGCGCUGCCCGAGUCAGGCAGCGCGCCAUGGUCUUCCUCACGACGCGGCUCUGGCUGCGGAACCGCCUCACCGACCGCUACUGGCGGGUCCAGGAGGUGCUGAAGCAUGCGCGGCACUUCCGGGGGAGAAAGAACCGCUGCUACCAGCUUGCCGUCAGGGCGGUGACCAGAGCCUUGGUUAAGAGCACGAAGGCCCGCAGGCUCAAGAAGCGCACCCUGAGGACCCUCUGGAUUAAUCGAAUUACAGCUGCCUCCCAGGAACAUGGUUUACAGUACCCAUCAUUAAUUGCCAACUUAAUUAAGUGCCAGGUGGAGCUCAACAGGAAAGUACUUGCAGACCUGGCCAUCUAUGAACCAAAAACUUUUAAGUCUUUGGCUGCUUUGGCCAAGAGAAGGCGGCAGGAAGGAUUUGCUGCAGCCUUGGGGGAUGGGAAGGAACCCGAAGGAAUAUUUUCCAGAGUGGUGCAGUACCACUGAGGGCCACCACACUGGACAAGGGGAGACUUUUCUCUGAUGACGGAACUAAGGAGCAAAACGAGUGUCUGUUUAACAGUAAAUCUGAUAUGUGUUUAUUUACAUUUCAGCUACAGGCCUGAGACCAGGUUCUGUCUUCUCUCAGUGGCACAGCCACAGAACUGCUCGGUAUAGAUUGUACAAAUAAAAUCUGCAGUGUUCUUUGCCAGUUA